CUUUCUAAUCGCUGCGAUCUCAUCUGGCAGAUGGACAGGAACGAGAUAACGCCGGUGGUUCGCAGGCGCAAGCCCGGGAGACCCCAGGAGAAAAGCCCGCCCCCAGCGGCCAUCAGAGAGGAGCUGGAAUCCCGGGAGUCCCGGGAAGGCCCCUUGAAGGUGCUUGCACUCCCGGCGCCAGGGGCCCCGCGUACUCACGCUGUCUCCGGCGACAAGAUGAUGAGACGCGCUCGCGCCCCCACCCGGCAUGCAAACACUGUCUCCGACGACAAGAUGGUGAGCCGCGCUCGCGCCCCCACCCUGCAUGCAAACCAUGUCUCCGAUGACAAGAUGAUGGACAAGAACGAGAUGGCGCCGGUCCAGGGGGUGCCGCGCAUGCGAGGGAGCAUCGCGUCGUCAAGUGCGGUUGGUGGGGUCGAGAGUGAAGGACUGGGGAGCUUGGAAGUAGGGGAAAUGGCACCUCGAGGGGUUCAGGUCUCCAUGAUCAAUAACCACAAUUUUGAUCUGAAUGAGCUGCCGACUGAGCAUGAGUAGCUCAAGAAGGAGUAGUCACCCAUGGAGCAAGAGUAGCCGCCUAUGGCACAACAUGAGCUUUAAUAUUCACAAUGGUUGGAGGCUACUCAAAUCCCGCUUGUGUGAGAAAAAAUAACUCUUGGCCCAAAGUAUAGCCCUGUCAGAAAUUAUCGAAACAAUAUCCUUAUCCCAAGGACGAUUGUAAAGCUUAUGUGGAACUUUUCAAUUUCUUGCUUCCUAUUUUUUGGUGAUUGACUGACGCUAUUGCUAAACUUGAGGGAAGGACUUGGUAUACUGCCUC